ACGCACAACGCUCCGUUACCGGUUAAACUGCGCUCUGGGACCUGUCUGAAGUCGAUGGGCGGGACUACGACUAGUGCGCAGAAGCUUGACAGGAUCCCUGCCCCCGGAAGUGUCUGGACCGUGUGCGUGCAGAUGGCGUCACCUGGAGUCUGAGCAGCUGCACGAGGGUAUCGGAGACAAUGGCCAAGAAUAAACUAAGAGGGCAGAAGUCUAGGAAUGUAUUUCACAUAGCAAGCCAAAAAAACUUUAAGUCUAAAAACAAAGCAAAACCAGUUACCACAAAUCUUAAGAAGAUAAACAUUGUGAAUGAUGAAAAAGUUAACAGAGUAAAUAAAGCCUUUGUAGAUAUACAAAAGGAACUUGCACACUUCUCAAAAGGCCUUACCCUCGAACCUCUGCAGAAACAACUGAUUCCGCAGCAGCAUCAGGAAAACGAAGCAGUUAAUGUUGACGAGGCUACAAGACUAAUGGCUCAGUUGUAACACAGUGGUGAUACAUCAAAUUCCUCCCCCCAAAAGACCAAUAAAUUUAAUGUUUUAUACAACUUUA